AUGAGACUCACUCAAUGGGGUAUCCUUCUUGGCGUUUCCAGCAUGGCUCUUGCCGCCGUUCCUAACAGCGAUUCAAAAGAUAAAUUUCACUUGCAGCGUCGUGCAUUAGAAUCACCAGAACAAGGUGUACACCUGUUUGCUCGCUCGCCUACUCCGGGAAAGCAAAAAAUAAAGACAUACAAAACUGUUCAUAUGGGCAAACAUGGUCAAACGCACGUAAGCCAAAAAGUUAUUCUGAAGAAAAAAUGGAAUGGAGGUUACAAGCCUGUGUAUAAAUCAACAACCGUUUCCAAAAAGAAACACGGAUCGUCAGCUAUCAAGGUCAAGCAUUAUUCAAAGGUUUACAAGGGCAAGGGCAAGGGCAAAGGUAGCUCAACUAAAAAAAUUAGAUACCGCUCGCCAGGUUACAAGGGCAAGUCCAGUUCAAGCCUCAAGAUCAAACAUCACUCAAAAAGUCACAAAGGCGGAUAUCACCCAGGAAGUCACCAGGUUAAGUAUCAAACCAAGACUUUCAAGAGCAAGUACCAUCCAAAAAACGGUUUCAAGAUGGUCAAAUAUCACUCAAAAGGUGGUUACAAGGGCAAAUACAAGUCCAAGUAUUAUUGGCUUGGGCGUUGA